AUGGAUUCGCUAUCUUGUACCUCCAGACAUGAAAAUUCUGAGAGUUUUUCAAUUUCUGAUAAGGCAUUAAAAUUGACGAGUGAAGAGGACAUAAAGCCCCAUUUAACGUCGCUUUCUGAACUCUCGAAGGUAACUAAGAUUGAUCUUUCAGGUAAUACAAUUGGUAUUGAUGCUUCUAUAGCGUUGGCAAAGCAUAUUGAGAAUCAUAAGAACAUCAGUGAGAAUGUUACGGAGAUUAAUUUUGCUGACUUGUAUACGUCGCGGCUUGUGGACGAAGUUGUGGAGUCUUUAAAGGUUUUACUUCCAGUGCUGCUGAAGUGUCCUAAGUUGGAGCUCUUGAACUUGUCAGAUAAUGCGUUUGGGUUGCGUACAAUUGACAUCUUGGAGGAUUAUAUUGCGAACGCGGUGAACUUAAAGCACUUAAUUUUGUCCAACAAUGGGAUGGGUCCAUUUGCCGGUGAGAGGAUUGGGAGGGCGUUAUAUUCUUUGGCGCAGCGGAAGAAGGAUGCAGGGAAGCCGCUUUUGGAGACGUUUAUCUGCGGUCGAAAUAGGUUAGAGAAUGGGUCUGCAAAAUGCUUGGCGCUUGGAUUGAAGGGUCAUGCUGGCGGGCUGAAGACAGUGAGGUUGUACCAGAACGGGAUUAGACCGAACGGGAUUGCAAUUUUAAUCAAACAUGGUUUAAAAUACAAUGUCAACUUAGAGGUUUUAGAUUUGCAAGAUAAUACUUUCACAAGUGGUGCUUCGAUGGUUCUUGCAGAGGUUUUGCCCCAGUGGAAAUCUACGUUGAAGGAAUUAAAUGUUAACGAUUGCUUAUUGAAAGAACUCGGUUGUGACGCAGUCCUUAAAGUCAUGUUGUCGAACCAGUUUUCUUCUUUGAAGACGCUUAAGUUGCAAUAUAAUGAAAUGAACCAAAAGACCUUAGAACUAGCUUUGUUACCUGCUUUGGAGAAUGGUAAUUUGGAUGCUUUGAAAUUUUUGGAACUAAACGGUAAUCGUUUAGAAGAGGAAUCGGAAGCCUUGGAAACUUUGCACGACUUAUUUAAUGGUGAAAUAGAUGAGCUAGAUGAUUUAGAAGAAUUAGAUUCAGAGGCUGAGUAUGAGGGGGAUGAAGAAGAAGAAGAAGAAGAGGAAGAAGUGGAGGAUGUCGAUCUAAAGGAAUUAGAAGAGGAACUCUCCAAUUUCUACAUUAACGACUUAGCCAAGGAGGUUGAAAAGGUACACAUCUAA